AUGGUAGAGACUGCGCAAGGGCAUGAUAAGGAGACUACCCCUGGACCUGUAAAAGCUACCAAGAGGAUAAAAAAACUAAAGGCUUCUAAACACAACUUGGGCACCUCAAAUUCUGGAGCAAUUGAAGGAGAUGCUGAUCCUUCUUUAUCUUCGUUAAACCACUGCCGCUAUGACAACUCACUAAGUUUGUUCUCCCGUUCUCCCCUGUACCAAAUCUUGUUAACAGGUCUGCUGACAAAGAAGUUCGUCAACCUGCUUCAAGGAGCUGAAGAUGGGACCCUUGAUUUAAACAAAGCAGCUGAGACAUGCUUGUUAACAGGUCAGGCUCAGGCUCAUGCAGGCAGCGGGCAGGCGGAGGCAGCCUGUCUCAUCUAUUUUUGA